CACACCCCUCCCCUUGAGCAUGAAAAGGAUUGCCACAUCAUCCGCAAUCCAACAUCACCGCCUGAGCCACCAGCAUGAGCACUGGAUACAUAUGCUCCAGCAGAAGUUGUUGGCCGGAAAACUAACGCGUCUCGGAGCGCAGACAGAGCAAAAAGGGGGAGAGUCAGUUUUAGGUCUCCACGUAAUGGAGCGAGAAUGAACAGAGAGCGGCUUAAAAAAAAGCAUGAACUGGAGGUUUAUUGAGGUCAUCUGCUUCCUGUUUAUAUGGGACCAUAUAACAGUUCAGUCUUCCCGCCAGGAUCCGUCGGCCGCUGAGCAACAUGUCACCAAGCAAUAUGACUGGCUCAUCUCUGACCGUGGACCUUUCCACCACUCCCGGAGUUACCUGUCCUUUGUGGAACGAUUCCGCCAAGGAUAUACAACCAGAUAUAAAAUUUAUAGGGAAUUUGCACGUUGGAAGGUGAGGAACAUGGCCAUCGAGAGACGGGACCUGAUCCAGAACCCCGUGCCGCUCAUGCCUGAGUUCCAGCGCAGCGUACGCUUGCUGGGGCGCAGACCCACAACUCAACAGUUCAUUGACACAAUCAUCAAAAAAUAUGGAACCCACAUCCUCAUCUCAGCCACACUGGGAGGAGAGGAGGCAUUAACAAUGUACAUGGCAAAAAAUAAGAUGGACAGGAAGCUUGCCAAUGCUACACAAAAUGUGGAAGCCCUUCAUCAGUUGGCCUCUUCCUACUUCAUCGACCGUGACGGCACAAUGAGGAAGCUUCACGAGAUCCAGAUUUCCACUAAUGCCAUCAAGGUGACAGAAACACGGACGGGGCCCCUGGGAUGCAGCAGCUACGACAAUCUGGACUCGGUUAGCUCGAUCCUUCUGCAGAGCCCUGAGAGCAAGCUUCACCUCCAAGGUCUUCAGGUUAUUUUCCCAGAAUACCUGCAGGAGAAGUUUGUUCAGUCAGCUCUGAGCUACAUUAUGUGCAAUGGCGAGGGGGAAUACGUGUGUCGGAACAACCACUGCAUCUGUCAGUGUGCCGAGGAGUAUCCCCAAUGCAACUGUCCCAUAACCGACAUCCAGAUAAUGGAGAACACCCUGCUGGGGAUGUCUGAGACCUGGGGCACUUCUUAUAAAGACUUUGAGAACUCAGAUGAGUUCAAGUCCUUCCUGAAGCGGCUGCCCUCCACUCACUUCUUACCCAUCAGCAGCGUGCAUCUCCUGUGGGGAAGCGACUGGGACCUGCAAGCCCGCUACAGGCUGCUUCAGAGCUCCCUGGAGAUACAGAGGCUCAAGAUCCAGCACACUGCCCGCAAGCUCUUUGGCCUCAGCAUCCGUUGUCACCACAAUCCAAACCACCAGAUGCCUAGGGAGAGGUCGGUGAUGCAGUGGCUCAACAGGGUUCAGUCUUUCCUUUACUGCAAUGAGAAUGGGUUCUGGGGGACCUUCCUGGAAAGCCAGAGGACAUGUGUGUGCCAUACUGGUGUCACUCUGUGCCAACGACCAAUCCCUUGCAUUAUUGGUGGCAACAACAGCUGUGCCAUGUGCAGCCUGGCCAACAUUUCUCAGUGUGGCUCCUGCAACAAGGGUUACAAGUUGUAUCGUGGUCGCUGUGAGCCUCAGAACGUGGACUCAGAACGCAGCGAGCAGUUCAUCAGCUUUGAAACAGAUCUGGAUUUUCAAGACCUGGAACUCAAGUACCUUUUGCAGAAAAUGGACUCGCGACUGUACAUUCACACGACUUUCAUCAGUAAUGAGAUUCGCCUGGAAACUUUCUUUGAUCCAAGAUGGAGGAAGCGCAUGUCUCUCACUCUCAAGAGUAACAAAAACCGUAUGGACUACCUCCAUAUGAUCAUUGGUCUAUCAAUGAAGAUCUGCCAGAUGCGAAAUAGCAGCAUUGAUCCCAUGUUCUUUGUGUAUGUGAACCCAUUUAGUGGUAGCCACUCAGAAGGCUGGAGCAUGCCCUUUGGCGAACAUGGUUACCCACGCUGGGAGAAAAUCCGACUGCAGAACUCCCAGUGUUUCAACUGGACUCUUCUACUAGGCAACCGGUGGAAGACCUUCUUCGAGACGGUGCACAUCUACUUGCGGAGCCGUGCUAAGAUACCAACUGGCCUGCGUAACGACACAGGUCCAGUGGAUCUUGCAGACCCCAACAAGCGACAAAUUUAUAUAAAAAUAUCCGACAUCCAAGUGUUUGGCUACAGUCUGCGAUUUAAUGCCGACCUGCUCCGCAGUGCCGUGCAGCAGGUUAACCAAUCGUACACACAAGGAACUCAGUUCUACUCAUCAUCAUCCGUCAUGCUGCUGUUGCUGGACAUUCGGGAUCGGAUUAACCGCCUUGCCCCGCCGUCUGCGCCCGGCAAACCCCAGCUGGACCUCUUCUCUUGUAUGCUAAAGCAUAGGCUCAAGCUCAACAACAGCGAGAUGAUUCGCGUAAAUCACGCUUUGGACAUGUACAGCACAGAGAUACUAAAACAAUCAGAUCACCUGACUGCUAAACUCUGUUGAACUGUAGCAACAAUUCAAAACAACAGAAGUCUAAACUUAAAUUACCCAACAAAUGAACUACUAAGGAACAUUAAUGUUUAUUUUGUUUUCCUCUUUUUUUUAUUGUUUUGGACCUUUUCUGCCUUUUGAUGUAAUAUUAACUUUGUAAGCAUAAUUCUUAAAGAUAAACAGGGAGAAAGGCAGUGUUGACAAGUAUUUUAGGCAGAUAAAGAAGAUUAACGGAACCACUAUAUGGACUGUAUCAUAUUUGUCCCAGCAUGUCUGUCAUUCCCUCAAUGAACUUUUAAAAAGAGAGAGAGAGAGAGAGAGAGAGAGAAAAAAACAAAUAUAUUAAAUAUAUGUACUGGUUUUAAAAAAAGAGGCCUUGAUUUUACUCUGAGAGAGCAAAGGUUAUAUCUGAAACUGCCAUUCUUUACUAAAAACACAAAAAACAACAUUUUUAAAGGAGUAAUGAAGUGACACAAAGGCAGAGCAGAUAUGUUUUUAUUUCGACUAAUGUGCAAAAUAUUUCCGACAUAAUGAGCAGUUUAAUAUUCAAAUGUUUAUACAUUGUAAGGAAUAAAUAGCAAGUAAAUAGUCAAGACAUUACUUUUGGACUGUAAUACAUUUUGAAUCCACAGUCGAUCAGUGUCGCUCCUCGCUUGCGCGAGAUGAGGCGAUCUGUCAUUCUUCUGACGCGUUAGGCACACAGCAAGACGGAACGGCUCAUCAUGUCAAAUGACAAAAAAAUAAAUAAAAAUCCCCAGCUGUUUAUAUAUACAUAUAUGUAUGUGUGAACACGUGCAGGCGAGCGUGUGUGUGUGCGUGUGUAUAGCUUACUUUGGCUUGACGCUUAACGCUGUUCGUUCGUUGAAUGUGUCAUUUUUGAGAUCGACUCCCACUCUAAGCUGACUCUUGCAUUUGGGCGCUUCUUCCCGUGUUUGAAAUUCAAGCUGUGUGUUUGUUCAUUUGUUUUUAUUUUGUUUUUGUUUUUCCCCUCAUAAGGCAGUACCUCCUGGUGCGUGAGUGCAGUAUUGUGGUCUGAAGAUUUAAACAAUCAAAUGCUAUUUUGUACAGCUUUGCAAAAUGUACACUUUGUGACUGCUGAUUUGUGCGGGAAUCGAGAGCAAAAUGUAAACAUUUCUUCAUUCUGGCACAUUUACGAGAUAACUUAAAGCCAUACGCUCCCCGAGGUAUACGCUGAGACCCUAAUGGUCCGAAUCCUGUUCAUGUGAUACUUACUUCAUAACAUGAAAAAAGGUUCCAUUUGUGUGUUUUUACUUUCUGUUCAUUCCAGAUAAGAGCACAGCUGAUUAUAAAAAAAUAAUAACAAUAAAAAAAAUAAAGCAGGCAUCACACGCUGGUUAAGAACAGUCUUGUAAAGCCAUUGAAUUUCUAUGUAAAAAAAAAAAAAAAAACUAA